AGCCAACGUUUUCCUCUUAUCCUUCACAUGUUUAUCAUCUCCCUUUGGUGGCAGUGACUGGUAAAUUCUAUUGAAAGGACCAGAAACAGCCACUUCUCAUCCCCUUUCACUGCACUUUCUCCACCACACAUACUUUUCAUCAUCCUCCCUUUCAUUUUCUCCACCACACAACAGCAUUUCAUACCAUGUCUUUUCCUUAUCUUCUCAUUUCAUCUUCUUUUUUCCAUUUCUCUGCAACUCAUUCCAACAUCACCAAUUCUUCUUUUCAUAACUCGACAUGGCAACUGCAACGGGUCGGAGAAACUCCAAUACUCAGCUUUUGGAUGAACUGGAAGCACUUAGUCAAUCCCUGUAUCAAUCCCACAUCUCUACUACUCGAAGAACUGCUUCCCUUGCUCUUCCUCGUUCUUCUCUUCCACCUACUGAUGAGGUCCCCGAAGUUAAAUUUGAAGAUAAUAAGCACAGUGCUAGGCCCCGAGCUCGGCGUUUGUCUUUGUCACCUUGGCGUUCCAGACCAAAAGCUGACGACCAGAAUGAUAACCAGGUUCAGGCCACGAGACCAAAUCAGUUAGAAGCGAAAGCUGUGUCAACUGAAAAGAAAGGGAUAUGGAAUUGGAAGCCGAUUCGAGCGCUUACGCAUAUCGGGAUGCAAAAGCUGAGUUGCUUGUUAUCUGUUGAAGUUGUGACUGCGCAAGGCCUUCCUGCUUCCAUGAAUGGUCUGCGACUUUCCGUUUGUGUUCGGAAGAAAGAAACCAAAGAUGGAGCUGUUAACACCAUGCCGUCACGGGUAUCACAAGGAGCUGCGGAUUUUGAAGAGACUCUUUUUGUUAGGUGCCAUGUAUAUUGCAGUUCUGGCAAUGGAAAGCCUACGAAAUUUGAGCCUCGUCCGUUUUGGAUCUAUCUGGUUGCUGUUGAUGCUGAAGAGCUUGAUUUUGGGAGAAACACUGUGGAUUUGAGUCUCCUUAUUCAGGAGUCUGUGGAGAAGAGCUACGAAGGAACUCGGGUUCGGCAAUGGGACAAAAGUUUCAAUCUAUUAGGGAAGGCGAAAGGGGGAGAACUCAUUGUGAAAUUGGGAUUUCAGAUCAUGGAAAAAGAUGGAGGAAUUGGUAUUUACAAUCAAGCCUCGGGAGGAUUGCAAAGCACCAAAUCCAAGAAUUUUUCAGCAUCUUUUGCUCGUAAGCAAUCGAAAACAUCUUUUAGUGUUCCUAGUCCGAGGAUGAUGAGCCGAUCAGAAGCUUGGACUCCUUCACAAACAGGGGUGACACCUGAUCUUCAAGGACUAGAUGAUUUGAACCUCGAUGAACCGGCGACGGUUCCUUCAUCCUCUGUCUCCGUUCAGAAAUCAGAAGAACCGGAAAAGAUGGAAGAGAUUGACCUCCCAGAGUUUGAUGUUGAAGACAAGGGGGUCGAAAUUCAAGAGAAAGAACUCAAAGAAGCCGAGGAAGAAGAACCCGAAGACAAUAAAUCAGUUUCAAGUGAGGUUGUCAAGGAGAUGGUGAAUGAUCAGUUACAUAAGACAAGGUUAACUGAGCUUGAUUCGAUUGCCCGGCAGAUUAAAGCUCUUGAAUCUAUGAUGGGGGAUGAAAAGAUUGUCAAAGCUGAUGAAGAAACAGAGUCACAAAGGCUGGAUGCUGAUGAAGAAACUGUAACAAGGGAAUUUCUCCAGAUGUUAGAGGAUGAAGGAAGCAAUGAAUUUAAAGAUAUUCCACAUUUUCAACUCGACAAAGCUGAGGAUGAUACCGCUGGUGAUUCUGAUUCUAAAGUAUAUCUCCCUGAUCUAGGAAAGGGGCUAGGCUGUGUGGUUCAAACAAGAGAUGGAGGCUACUUAGCUGCUGUGAAUCCAUUGGAUUCCUUGGUUGCUAGAAAAGACAUGCCAAAAUUAGCUAUGCAGGUGUCGAAACCAAUGGUUAUCCCAUCGGAUAAAUCAUUGAAUGGUUUUGAACUAUUUCAGAAGAUGGCAGCCGUUGGAGUUGAGAAACUCAGCUCCCAGAUUUCAUCUUCGAUGCCCCUGGAUGAAAUAAUGGGUAAAACUGCAGAGCAGAUAGCUUUUGAAGGAAUUGCUUCUUCUAUUAUCCAAGGGAGAAACAAGGAAGGUGCUAACUCGAGUGCAGCUCGCACCAUUGCAGCUGUAAAAGUCAUGGCGACUGCGAUGAACACCGGCAGGAAAGAGAGGAUCGCGACUGGGAUUUGGAAUGUGAGCGAAAACCCAUUGACGGCUGAGGAAAUUCUAGCGUUUUCGCUGCAAAAGAUUGAGGGAAUGGCAGUUGAAGCCUUGAAAGUACAAGCAGAAAUGGCAGAAGAAGAACCACCUUUCGAUGUUUCAGCUCUCAGUGGAAAGGCAAUAACUCAAGAUCAACCACUUGAUUCUGCUAUUCCACUUGAGAAUUGGACUAAGGACUACGGCUUGACUUCUUCCGAAGAUCAGCUAGGCGACCCGGAAACACUGACGCUAGCAUUGGUCGUGCAACUACGUGACCCCUUGAGGCGAUACGAGGCAGUUGGAGGCCCUGUAUUUGCACUCGUUCAUGCGUCAAGUGGUGACAUCGAACCAAAGAAGAAUGACGAAGAAAAGAGGUUCAAAGUGAUGAGUUUGCAUGUUGGAGGCUUGAAGGUAGGAACACCUGGAAAAAGGAACAUAUGGGAUAGCGAAAGGCACAGGCUAACUGCGAUGCAGUGGCUGGUAGCAUACGGAUUGGGCAAGUCUGGAAGAAAAGGUAAACAAGUAGUGUCAAAGGGACAAGAUAUGUUGUGGAGCCUUUCCUCGAGAGUAAUGGCCGACAUGUGGCUCAAAACAAUGAGAAACCCGGAUGUCAAGUUUGCAAAGUAAAGUACCCGGAACAAAGCACUGGAACUUGGAGAUUGCAGCAGCAUUACCUUUUAUUCAAAAUUUGAAGUUUAAUAAAGCUUUUUUCUUAAUUGAGAUUGAUGCACUUGUAAGUAAACUUAAUUUGUAGAUAUAUAUAUAAUUCACAAGAGUAAAAUACAUUUUUCUGGUUCC